UUUCAAAACCCAAUUUUGACGCGUGAACGAAUCUCUUCAGCUCCUCUCCUCCACUUGCGACCAAUCCCUCGGUGACCAAUUCCAUAAAAAACCCGCAAGAGUUUCGAUUUUUUUUGCCCCCAAAACUUAGGGUUAGGGUUUUCAGGUGCAAACUUGGGAGAUGGCUUCGCCUGAAAACUCCAGUUGGGGUUUCGAUUACCCUUUGAUCGACAACAUUUCCGUCGCUGGCGGCGAUUUCGGGGUCCCUGGAAAUGGAUUACUCUGGUCUCCACAGGGGAUCAAUUCUACUCCUAGCGCUAGUAUGGAAACUGGUGGCAACUUGGUAGACUCUGCUGCUGUUAAAGAAUCUGGCUUCAAGAAACGUGUGAGGUCAGAAUCUGGCAGUGUACCUGGCUCUAAAGCUUGUAGGGAGAAAAUGAGAAGGGAUAGGUUGAAUGAUAAGUUCCUGGAGUUAGGAUCCAUAUUGGAGCCUGGAAACCCUAAAACAGAUAAAGCAGCAAUUUUGAGCGAUGCUGUUAGGAUGGUGACUCAGUUGCGAAGUGAAGCACAAAAGUUGAAAGAUUCUAAUGAGAAUCUCAUGGAGAAGAUCAAAGAGCUGAAGUCGGAGAAGAACGAGCUCCGUGAUGAGAAGCAGAGACUAAAGCAAGAGAAGGAGAAUCUGGAGCAGCAAGUUAAAUUGUUGAAUUCUCGGCCAAGCUUCAUGCCUCAUCCUCCUGUAAUACCAGCUGCUUUUGCUCCCCAAGGGCAAACUGGAACCCACAAGAUGAUGAUGCCCGUCAUUGGAUAUCCUGGAUAUCCCAUGUGGCAGUUUAUGCCACCUGCAGAUGUUGACACCUCACAGGAUGCUGCAUCUUGCCCCCCUGUGGCUUAGGCUUUAUAGGAUGCUUAGUCUGUAACUGCUGUUGGAAGCUGUUGGAAGCCUCGUGUAAUUGUCCAUGAAAGAUCCUUUAAGACAUCAGUUGGUCGUUGCUGUUUAAUUUCAUGUUUUAACAUUGAGGACAACUUGUUUUAGUUGUUCGGUGUUCAUAACUGGUGACUAUUUGGUUUAAGUGAUGAAUAUCUUGAUCACUUAUCCCCUAUCAUUACUGUGAAUCCUGUCACCGAUUCUAGUUUUUUUGCGUUCCGAAGAAACGCUUGAAAGUGUUAAGCCUGUAGAAGUAAAAAAUAUAUGCCAUCCUCUGUUUCUUUAAACAA